UAAAUGGCAUUUCUGAAAAUUUGUAAAAGGGCGCGCCACAAGAGAUGAGAUAACAUUACAAAUACAAAUACAAAUGAUGUUAUUAUACUUUACAAAAUUGAAGAUAAUGUGUUCGGAAUAACGGGAAAACAGCCAUGCCAUAGCGUUUUCCGCCAUUUUUUUUUGCAGAAGAUAUGCUUAUUACUUGCUCAACGCCCUCUCUCACCUCCUCCGCCCAUUCUCUUUCUUGCGGGGCAUUUUCCGGAUAUGCAACAUCAAGAGCUUUCAUAACUCAAAUCAAGCAAGUACAGCGCCACUGCUCGUGUCAGAGUUUCAAUCACAGCAGCAAAGAUAAUUCUUAUAUAUCAUUAUCCAAUGAGAAUUCCAGGCGAAAGAUUCUCCUAUUUUUCUUAUCAACUACAGCUUUAUUUCCCACUCGGCGUUCUUCUGCCAAGACAAAGAAUAAGAAUCCAUACGAUGAAAGACGCUUACUAGAGCAAAAUAAACGGAGACAAAAAGAAAACAAUGCCCCUGAUGACUUUCCAAGCUUUGUCAGGGAAGGUUUCGAGGUUAAGGUAAUAACACCAGAGUCCUAUGUCAAACGUGACUCUGGGCUCAUAUAUUGGGAUAUCGAAGUUGGUAAUGGUGAUUGCCCCAAGGAUGGUCAGCAGGUGAUCUUUCACUAUGUUGGCUAUAAUGAAUCGGGUCGUCGAAUUGAUAGCACAUACUUACAGGGUUCUCCGGCCAGAAUCCGUGUGGGCACAAAUGCAUUGGUCCCAGGAUUUGAGGAAGGAAUUCGAGGCAUGAGACCAGGGGGAAAAAGGAGAAUAAUAAUCCCACCAGAACUUGGACCACCUGUGGGGCCUUCCACAUUUUUCAGCUCAAAACAGUUUGAAGUCUUUGAUGUGGAACUGUUAAGCGUCCAAGAUUGUCAGAGGAGGACAAUAGGCUUUUACUCUGAUAUUGUUUGCAGCUAGGAGUUGAAGGUUGUCAUUUUGAGGUACACAUUGAUCUUUGAGAUGAAACACCUUGAAACAUCCAUACUGCACAAUGUAUAUGCUGAUGAACUUUUCUGAGGAACCUUUUGGAAAACAACCAUCAAUUCCUCUCCACCCCCACCCCAAGUGAGAUGUUUUUACAGUGAUUGAUCAAUUAGAUUAAAUAUCAGAUUACCAA